GUGACCUUUCCCCUCCGCGACAGCUUCCCGGGGGCGCUUAAAGCCUGAGCGCUUAGAUCCUGAGCGGCACGGACGCGGGUUACAGGGAGGCAAGAUGGCGGACGUGCUGGAUCUUCACGAGGCCGGCGGCGAGGAUUUCGCCAUGGAUGAGGAUGGGGACGAGAGCAUCCACAAACUGAAAGAAAAGGCGAAGAAGCGGAAGGGCCGCGGCUUUGGCUCCGAAGAGGGCUCUCGAGCGCGGAUGCGGGAGGAUUACGACAGCGUGGAGCAGGAUGGCGACGAGCCGGGCCCGCAGCGCUCUGUUGAAGGCUGGAUUCUCUUUGUCACCGGGGUCCACGAGGAAGCCACGGAGGAAGACAUCCAUGACAAAUUCGCAGAGUAUGGGGAAAUUAAAAACAUCCACCUCAACCUGGACAGGCGCACGGGGUACCUGAAGGGGUAUACUCUGGUUGAGUAUGAAACAUACAAGGAGGCCCAGGCUGCGAUGGAGGGACUCAACGGCCAGGAUCUGAUGGGACAGCCGAUCAGCGUGGACUGGUGUUUUGUUCGGGGUCCACCCAAGGGCAAGAGGAGGGGUGGCCGGCGGCGCAGCAGGAGUCCAGACCGGAGGCGACGCUGACAGGUCCUCUGCUGGCCAGGUGUUCCCUGCAGAGAUUCCAUGUGACCACACAGCCUUGGAGAAGUGGGGCCCGGGUGGAACUUGCUGUUUAUAUUUAAUCCUUUACCCUCUUAGUGUUUUGGAACUUGGGGGGGUGGGGGGGUUGCGUUAUAAAUAAAUGUCCCAUUUUUGUUUUCUACAUUUAAAAUUAUUUUCUUGCUCUAACCUUGCAAGCUCUGCAGUGCUCUUUACCGUAGGCAGUGUGGGACACUGAAGGCACUUCUCCCAGGACCUGAAUUCAGUGAGUUUCUACAUGAGACAUAGUCCCAGUCCCAACGAGUCAAAGUAGAAACACUGCUCAAGGUAUUUCAUUGUCUUGGGAGCUAAGAGCAGGGGUAGGAGUGAGAUGUUUUCAGGAUAUUAACGAAUAAUUAUUCUGUUCCUGUAUACUCUGUCCUGAGCAAAUGGGUGUUACGGGAAUGUUUUCUUUGUUUCUCCUGCCUGUACUGCUACAUUUGUUUGUACCUCCAGCUGCUGAAGGGCUUAAAUCUCCUGUGGGGCAUUCUCCCAGACUCUCUUUCCCUAAAGGAGUCUAUACACAGUUCUUGGUGCCCACUUUGGCAGCCAAGGGUGAAGGCCCCUUGGAGAUGACCCAGAGGAGCACUGAUGAGGCCGAAGAGAAGAGGAGGAGGCUGGGAGGAACUCCAGUUAGCAUCGUGGGAGAGAACCAGCGAGUAGUGUGUCCGGCAGAGGACAGAGGUCAGCAGAGUCAGCAGGGCUGGUCACAGGUGCACAGACACGGGGUGAUUGUCUGAGGAGCGGCGGAGGGCCAAUUCGCUGGUCGGUUUGGGAUUUAGAAAACACAGUGCCGUUCAGAACCACUCAGCUCCGACCUGGGUACAGGGUGAGUUGAUGGGUGGGCAGUGAGGUGGCGCUCUCCCCUACAAGGAAGAGAAUGCGCCAACCCUCUUCUUUGAAACUUGGGACUGUGUGCUCCUUUCCCCCAUGGAUUAUGACAGACAUGCUGGAGAAAAGUUUGGGUGGGGUUUUUUUUAUUAUUAUUUCCUAUUUUUAUUGAUUUCAGAGAGAAAGGGAGAGGGAGAGCGAGGAAAACAUUGAUCGGCUGCCUCCUACACACCCCCUACUGGAGAUAGAGGCUGCAACCCAGGCUUGUGCCCUGACCGGGAAUUAAACUGUGACCUGGUUCAUAGGUCGACACGCAACCACUGAGCCACACUGGUGGGCAAGGUUUGCUUGAGGUGUUGUGCUGUGUGAAGCUACUAAGUCUACUUUAAGACAUCAUGGUGUCCCAAGUGUAAAGGAGAAUAGUGAUCACGUUUCUCCUUAAUCCUUGUCCACCUAACUCAAGUUCAGAUGAUGGCUAGAGGUUGGUUAGAAUUGGAGGCCUUCAAGGAAAUUAUCUGCAGCAUCAGGUACUAGAAAUACAGUUAGAAUCUCACUUUUGGCUUGAUAAGUAGCUAUCAGGUAAAUGAGACCAGAGGCAGUUGUUUGAGGAUAUGCAUGAGAGCCUGGGGAUUGAGGUCUCACUUUCCUUGUCUGGGUGAUAGCAGGUGGUCAUGGCAGUCAGUGGCACAGAAUGGGCAGCAGAAGAAGAGGUUAUAGGUACUCCCUUGCCAUUGAGCCUUGAAGCUGCCUUUGGUAACACAGAGUGAAGGGGCCUGGGCCAGCUUGGUGGAUGGUAUGGAAUAGCAACAGCUGAAGUGGGGCUGAGGACCAUUAGAACUGGUCCCCUUCCACCUCCCCCAACCUGCCCACCAUUGUCACACUUGAAUCUAUGCAGAACACUACAGUGCUGAGUUGAUGGUUCAUCCAUGGUGCCAAUAUUUAAAAGGUUAGAAAUGUAUCUUGAAAAUCCCUGGGUCCCCUUAGGCCAGUGAUGGCGAACUCAUUUUUUUGGUUGAUUUUUCUUAUUUUUUUAUUUUUUAUUUUUAUUAGUUAAGGUAUUACAAAUGUGUCCUCAUCCCCCCCCCCCUUAGAUUUUUCUUUGUUAAA